CUUACAUUUGGCUGGCUAACGCCGCUUUCAUGGCUCAUUUGUAAGCUAACGCGAUGAAUUUAAAGUAAUAUCUCAGAUAAAACGUUAUUAACACUUAUUGAAUUUUUGGUUUCCAUCGUGGCCAUAUUUCAGUUUGCCAAAUGUCAGAAGGGGACAGUGCUGGGGAGUCGAUCCAUGGGAAACCUUCUGUUAUUGCUGCCUUUUUCACAGGAAUUGGACAGGUCUAUCAGUCAUGGCUAGACAAGUCAACACCAUUUUAUGCAGUGCGAUGGGCAACCACUCUACUACUUACUGCUGUCUACAUGAUCAGAGUGUAUCUACUACAGGGUUGGUAUAUAGUAACAUAUGCUUUGGGAAUCUACCAUCUCAACCUGUUCAUUGCUUUUCUGUCGCCAAAAGUGGAUCCCUCACUGCUUGACGAAGAUGAGGGCCCAUCCCUUCCUACCAAGCAGAACGAGGAGUUCCGCCCCUUCAUCAGGAGGUUGCCUGAAUUCAAAUUCUGGCAUUCAGCAACAAAAGGCAUCGUCAUCGCCAUGGUUUGCACAUUUUUUGAUGCCUUCAAUGUGCCAGUAUUUUGGCCUAUACUUGUAAUGUACUUCAUUAUGCUCUUUUGCAUCACCAUGAAGAGGCAGAUUAAGCAUAUGAUCAAGUACAGAUACCUACCCUUCACACAUGGGAAGAGGACAUACAAAGGCAAGGAAGACACAGGGAAAGCAUUUGCUAGUUAAAUAAAACAAACAAAACUCCCACUUUCCCUUCCUCUUUGUUGCAUUUAAAAUUUAUUGGCCACAGCCAGUGGGAUUGAAGAAGUUUAGAAAUGUAUUUUCUUUUUGUCAGCUGAAGAGUAAACAUGAAAAAUACAAGUUUUGAUCCACAGUGUUCUCAGUGCUGAAUGAGGAUAUGAGCAGCAUGGAUCAAAUUAGUCAAAAAAUAUUGCCUUUGUUUAUUAAGCGUUUUUCUUCUUCUUUUUUUUUUUUUUUUUUUUGAGGAUUGGUUUGCAGUUACUCUAAUAGUUGAGACUCAGUGCUACUUUUUGCCUUUUUCUUAACCCUACAGGGUAAAUAUAAAGUCAUCAAAACUGAAAGAAAUUUGCAGUAAAACGAGUGAUUUUUUUUUUUUUUUUUUUCUUUUUUCUUACUAUGUUUCCACUGGUUUAUUCCAGUGUGUCUCCCUCUCUAAUAUCUACCAACAUUCAAUUAACAUGUAAUUUUUAAUUUCUUAAAGUUAUUAAAAGUAUGAGUAAAGCUGUUAAUGUGAACUCAGAUGAAAAUGUAAGAGUCUUCAAAUUGAAAUUUUUCAUCUUUGCGAUGAGAAUAUCCUGCUGCUCUGACUUCAAACGUCUCUGACAAUUGUCCUCUGUUCUAAAUGAAUAUACUUGGAUAAAUUGGUCACUUUUCACCUGAACAUGCAUCCAUGAAGGGCAGAAAAACACAUACCUGUUAAUCUAUCAAAUGAAUUUCACCCAGCACAAUGUUUAAAAACUUUGAUUGUAUAUUUGAAUAGUUAGCCACCCUGCAUAAUUGUGUAAUUCCAGGAGAGUCACUAAUCCCAAAUAAUUUAGUCUCUUAUAGUCUGUGGUCAACCUUAAGUCACUUCUUUUUAUUUUUGCGCCUUUGUAGAGUAGUAAACGGGAUACUGGGAUGAAGUAAAAUUUAAAAAUCAUUUUGGGUAUAAUUACCUUGACAAAUGGGGUCAGUGAACAUUUAGCAUGAAAUGGCAAGUCAAUGUAUUUGCUUUACCUCAGAUUUUUAAACCAUUAAGUGGAUAUUUAUUCAAAACAUAUUGUCCUAAAGUGCAUAACCAGUAUUCCAGAUAAAUUCAUAACAUGGCUAAUCUGAGAGCAGUCAACCAAGCAAGUUUACCCCAGUGACCCUUAUCUCUUUGAAAUAUUUACCCAGAAGGGUUUCAGAGACUGAGGCUCAUUUGGAAUUUGUAGACUGGCUGUUGUUGUCCUUCAUAUUCUGUGUAAAAUCUUUGAAAAGAGUUGUGCUAAAUGUAGUCAUUCCAAGCAAACUGUUGUUCUCUUUCUUUUUCAGAGGAAACGUAAGAAAACACAGAUUGAGAGCUUUUAUUAUAACAAAUGGAUGACGUGGGUGGCGAUCACACAUUCUUUUCUAUGAACCUGUUGAUUUUUUUUUUUUUUUUUUUUAUCAAAAUGCUGCAAAUCUGUAACUAUUAAACUUUGAUCAGCACUGUAGUAAGGGAUCAAAACAUUUUCCUGUAAAAAGUUUGUGUUUCAAAGGGUUGUCUGGGACUGUGUGUGUGUAUAUAUCUAUAUAUUUUAAAAUAUAAUUUUUUGAGAUUAUUUUUAUUUCAUCCAAACACCAUACUGUUUCUGAGUGUUAAAAAAUAUUUCAGUUGAAAGUUAUAGACGUAAAACUGCUAAAUUGGGUUCUUGAUCUGAUAAAUGUUUUUCAUGGAUUGCAUGUUAUUUUCUUGUGCUACAGUUAUAAACAAAAACUUGAUUUUAAUAACUUAAGUGUAAUUUUUUCACUCCAAAUGCUAUUAAAGAGGCUGUGUCCCUUUGAACAGUACACUCCUGGCUUCAUAUUUUAUAGGUGUUCAUGAAAGAGUGAAGACUUGUAACCAAAUACAGUUUUGUGAGUCCAUUCUGUUCAUCCCAAUCAAAAUUUAUUUCUGUACAGUUCAUAACUCACCUUUUUUAGACAGACUGCAUACUAGCAAUUGCUAUUCUGUCUUUAAAUUUCGUUCAGGUACUCAUAACACAAAACGUGAA